GCAAAUUAGGGCUACACACGGUUGGACUGUAUGCACAUUUGAGUGCGUUAUCUGGAUUUGCACGUUAAUUAGCUAUUAAGAUUUUCUGGGAUACGCAUUUGGUUUUUGGAACAUGGCAAUGUCAGAGGACAACACAUUUUUUGAAAUGGGGACAGAUGAUAAUUUUGCACUUGGAUUGCGCAUUCAGGUGAAUAUGUCUUCAAACGUUUUUUCCAACGCAUCACCAACUAUAACAGGACCUUCCAAAGAUGCGCCCGUGUCCUCUUUUGACAUCCUGAUAACAUCUAUACUCGGCACACUUUUGACCUGCAUGUGUUUGGUUGGUGUGAUCGGAAACCUUUACACUCUGAUCAUCAUUAACAUCUCCGUCCGAGUGACUGGAUCCAUGUAUGUUUACAUUGUAAACUUGGCACUUGCGGAUCUGCUGUACCUCUCCACCAUUCCGUUUGUGCUUUGUACCUAUUUUGUCAAGGACUGGUACUUCGGCGACAUCGGGUGUCGUGUUCUGUUCAGCCUGGAUUUCCUCACCAUGCACGCCAGCAUCUUUAUCCUGACCAUCACGAGCACGGAGAGAUACCUCGCUGUGGUGAAUCCGCUGGACACCUUCGGUCGCUCCAGGCGCUACAGACGCGCGGUCACUUGCAUGGUCUGGCUCAUUUCUUUUAUCCUGUCUCUACCGACCAUGAUCAUGAUUGAUCUGAAGAGAGACGUGCACAACGGCGUAGAGAAACGCAUGUGCCACCCGACUCUGCAGAUCUCCGCGUACAAGGUGUACCUGACUGUCCUGUUCAACACUUGCAUCUUGGCUCCUGGCUUCAUCAUUGGCUAUCUCUAUCUGAAGUUAGCCAGGACCUACUGGGUAUCACAAACCUCUGUGUUCUCAUCCAGAAAAAUGAAUACGUGUCCUAAGCAAAAGGUCCUGUAUCUGAUAUUUGGUAUUGUUCUUACCUAUUGGGCAUGCUUUUUACCCUUUUGGUUAUGGCAGUUAUUAAGUAUCUAUUAUUUUGGGCAUGGGGGGCUGUCAAGCAGUACAGUUGUAUACAUUAACUUUGUUGUGACUUGUUUGGCAUACAGUAACAGUUGUAUCAACCCUUUCUUGUACACUUUGUUAACAAGCAAUUAUCAGGAAUAUGUGAGGGACAGCCAAAGGAGCAGCAUGACCUUUAAGAAAAGGCUCAGACAUUCAUCUCAAAGGUCCGUGUCAUCUGGGAGUCAGCAGUUUUGCAAUACUUUGACUAAUACGCAUCAUAAUGGCACCCUGGAUACUUAA